AUGGUGAUGAAAGGAUGUCUACAGACAGAACCAGACAGGGACGGGGUGAUGAAAGGAUGUCUACAGACAGAACCAGAAAGGGACGGGGUGAAGAUGGUAGGAUGCAUACAGACAAAGCCAGAAAGGGAUGGGGUGAUGAUGGUAGGAUGCCUACAGACAGAACCAGACAGAGACGGGGUGAUGAUGGUAGGAUGCCUACAGACGGAACCAGAAAAGGAUGGGGUGAUGAUGGUAGGAUGUCUACAGACAGAACCAGAAAGGGACAGGGUGAUGAUGGUAGGAUGCCUACAGACAGAACCAGAAAAGGAUUGGGUGAUGAUGGUAGGAUGUCUACAGACAAAACCAGAAAGGGACGGGGUGGUCAUGGUAGGAUGUCUACAGAUAGAACCAGAAAGGGAUGUGGUGGUGAUGAUGGUAGGAUGUCUACAGAUAGAACCAGAAAGGGAUGGGGUGAUGAUGGUAGGAUGUCUACAGAUAGAACCAGAAAGGGAUGUGGUGAUGACGAUAGAACCAGAAAGGGAUAUGGUGAUAAUGGUAGGAUGUCUAGAGAUAGAACCAGAAAGGGAUGUGGUGAUGAUGGUGAACUGUCUGUCUACAGAUAGAACCAGAAAGGGAUGGGGUGAUGAUGGUAGAUGGACUGUCUGUCUACAUAUAGAACCUGAAAUGGAUGGGGCAAUGAUGACGGGAUGGCUACAGAGUAGGAAGGGAUGGAGGGAAUUUGAAGAGGAAUUGCAGACAUACAAUGGAAAUGACCCAUUUGAAGUGUGGCAUAGAUAUAUGCUGCGGAUAGAGAAAUACAGCCCAGAGAAUGAGAAGGAGAGUAACCUUGUUGAACUCUUAGACCGGUGCUUUAGGACAUUUAACAAUAUAGCUCACUACAAAAAUGACCAGCGCUAUGUCUCAGCAUGGAUUAAAUAUGCUGGCUUCUGCAAGGAACCACUUGAAAUAUACAGCUACAUGCAAAAGCAAGGUAUUGGUGUUACAUUGGCCAUAUUCUACGAGGCUUGGGCUAAUGCUACAAGGCAGUUAGGGAGUUUCCAAAAUGCUGACCUCAUCUUACAGGAGGGUAUUCGCUGUCAGGCCCAGCCACUCAACCAACUAUGCAGAAAAAGAGAGGAGUUACAGAGAAAACAGUUACUGGAUAGUAAAGCUGCCGGUCCCAGGGUUGGAUACUCAAAACUGUCCUCUAAAGAUGGACAUAUUCAGGUGUUUAAUGACGAGAAUGUAAAUCCCAAUAUGCCUGCUCAAGCCAAAGGUCAGAUUCAGAAGUAUAAUGAUGAAAAUGUGAACUCCAAUCUUGCUCCAAAAGUUCAGAUGAUCAGCAAUGAGAAUUUGAAGCCCAGUCUGCCUUCACAGGUGCACAAUGAUGAAAAUGUCAACCCCAACAAUUCUUCACAGAGAGUCAUGUACUGCAAGGAGAAGCUACUUAUGGGUGUAGAAGAGCUGUCUUUUGAAGAGCUUCAUGCCAGACAUUGGUGGGCCAAACGUAAAAGGGAGAAGGAGAUACAGGCCUUUAUUGACGAGGAGAAACGUGGUUUAGAAGAGGAGAAAAGACAAUUCAUGGAGGAGAUGGAGAAAAAUCGUGCCAUGUUAGUACAGGAGGCUGAAAAAAUUAAACAAGAACGUGACCGAUUACGACAAGAACAGGAAGCGAUGCGCCUCCAAUGUCAGCAGCAAAUGCAACAAGUGCAAGCUAAAAUGGAGAGAGAGAGUGGAGCGAUGAAACAUCUUAACUUUGGAGGUAAUAAUUCUGCAAGAUCAGACCUGAUAUCUCAGGGAUCGGCCACUGGAGACCAGACUGAAGACUUUGGUUUGCGUCCGAUCACAUCACAGUCAUUUGGUUCAGGUGACAAGAGGGAAGGAGUUUUGAAUCCCAGUUCUAGAAACACACCUGUGGACCACAGUCUCAGCACACCCAAUGACAGUCAGACCUCUCUCCGGCAGUUCUCAAGUGGCAGGCCGAGUUUGACAGCACCCUCCCCAACUGUUAAUACAAAGGAAGCUCUACAGCUGGUACAGGGAUUUUUUAAUGCCUCACUGGACCUGGAGAAAGACCUUGGCUGGGGCGGGGAUGUAGAGGUCCCACAAAAGAAUGACAAUCAGAAUGAUGUUCAACCAGUAGAGCCACCAAAAGCAAGUGGAGGUUUAAUGUUUGCUAUCUAUGAUGAAACUCAAGAGAAGGAAAAUGCAUCUGCUGCAGUCCGCAAGAAUAUAGAUCAUGUGGACAAAGAGAACUGUGGACUACCCCAGAUACCAAGGCAAAAUCUUGUUUGCAGUGUCAAACCACUGACACAAAAGUCAAGACCACCUUCUCUGCCAAAGAAAAUGGAGUUCUCAGUGUUACAGGAUGGUGACACUCAGAUGGAAGGUAUAGAGUCACAGGCAAUGGAUGACUGUACUAUUGCACCUGUCGGCUCUCACCUCAGUUUUGCCGCUGCAGCCCACAUUGCUUCAACGCCAUUCAACGCCAACAACUCUCAUGGACCACAGACUACGUUCACUCUUGACCUUGAGGAGGAGGUCAACAAGAAAAGUGAGAAGGAAGAAAAAAGUGCUCACGAAUCUGUAGGCACUACAUACCAAGAUGCUGCUAUGCAACCAAAUAACCUCAGCCCAAUUAUGGAGGGAAGUAAUGAGGAAUCUUCAGGUCAUCAGACAGGCAUGUCUGUGGGUGGGGACAGUGUGUUUCAUAGUUCCCGGGGCCGUCAUCCCUCUACCGACCAGAAACCAGACUGUCAUUAUCCCACCGACCUAGACAACCACAACGAUUCUGUUCAUCUGAUUGACACCUCUGGUUAUGUACCACUUGAUCUGGAUGAAAAGACUGAGGCACUGUUGUCCAUGUCAAUACGUAUUGACCCCCACAAUCCAUUUGACUCGGACACCAUCAGAGAGUUUCUCACCAACUUACCCAAGCCUCUGACUCUAUACCCUAACUACGUUGACUGCCAUGAUGAGACCAUGCAGACAGUUACAGCAGAGACUAUUGUCAGUUUUGGUGGCGACCCUUAUACAGUGGAAUCCCUGGUAGGAAAGGGAGGCUAUGCCAGUGUCUACAAAGCCUCCUACAUUGACCUUGCCUGUGAAGGGCCAAAUGGUGUCGGUCAAGAUGAGUUAUUUGCAAUGAAGAUACAGAAACCAGGGAACCCUUGGGAAUUCUACAUAUGUUCUGUGAUACCUGAAAGGCUGAGAAAUCUCCAGGCACCAGUUGAUUCACAAGCAAUGAUGUCAGUCCAGAAAGGUUACUUCUUCCAUGACUCCAGCUGUUUGAUCACAAAGUACUUUGAGCUUGGCACCCUCCUGGAUCUUGUCAACUUGGUGAAGAGAGAGAAACAGCAGGUACCAGAAUCGGUGGCAAUGUACUGCACCAUUGAGUUGAUACGUGUUGUAGAGAGUUUACAGAGAUGUGAGAUCAUACAUGGAGACAUCAAGCCAGACAACUUCCUUGUCCAGGGACUAGAAAGCUUACCUGUAAGUUCGGAUCCAAAUGUUGUGUUUGGAGGCCAUCAUCGUCCCUUUCAACUCAUUGACUUUGGACAGAGUAUUGAUAUGACUAAGUACCCACCUGGCACUACCUUCAUGGCUCAGGUGAAAACUUCAGGCUUCCAGUGUAUAGAGAUGAAAACCAACAUGCCAUGGACAUAUCAGACUGAUAUGUUUGGUCUUGCUGGAACCAUACACGUGCUGGUGUUUGGACAGUACAUGAAAGUGUACAAAGCAAAUGAUGAGUGGAGGAUAAACAGUUCCUUUAAUAGGAGCUGGAAUAGCUUGUGGAAAAACUUUUUCCACACAAUGCUAAACAUACCAAGCAGUUACGAGUUGCCUGACCUUGGCAAGAUUCGGCGGCAGUUUGAGUUACAUUUUAUUGAGAACCUGCUGGAGAAUUUCAACAACCAUCAGAGUAAACUACGCUUCCUUAUGAUGAAGCAACUUAUCUAG